AUGGUUCCUAGCAAAACGGUUUGCACUGGUUCUGCGUUUGACAUUACUAUCACCAAGGAAAUAAAUGAGCUUGUCACAGACACUCAGAAAAAGAGAAUAUCUGUUGUGGUGAGAGGCUCUACAUCCCCAACGGACUUCUCCAACGACCUCGAUACUGCCUUGGUUGUUCCAAAGCUAUCUGGAGUGGACUUUCCUUCCGGGGUGAUGAUUAUGGCUGGCAUUAACAUCCCUUGGUCGGCCGUGCAUGACGAGAUUAUCACGGAAGUCAAAAAACUGGUUGAGAUAUAUCCAGACUAUACUCAGGAGUCAACCGGACAUUCACUUGGUGGUGCGCUUACCUACAUGCCUUAUAUAUCUCUAAGCCAGAACUUUCCGAAUAAGUCAAUCACAAGUAAUGCAUUAGCUGCGUUUCCCAUAGGAAACCAAGCAUUUGCAAACUUCGGGUCUUCUCAACAUGGAACUCUUAAUUGGGGUAACAAUGCCUUGGAUAGCGUGCCACCCUUCAACUUCGCCUACUAUGGAAAUGAAUAUUACAGUUAUGGAACCCCACUCAGCACCUUACAAUGCAAUGCUGGGAACGGUAUGUAUGGCGUUACACCUGAGCACGUUUCUAGUUUUGACGUUCUCGAAAUGAUGGCGGGAUGUGACCCAGUCUCGAGACGAUUCAUUGAAUGUUCGGAGGACAAGGGGCGGUGA